GCCUUUUGAUGAUAGUACUUGAGACGGACCAAUAGUCGAAACAAAUCCGACUGUUAGGGAAUUUUAACAGUAAUUAUUAUUUUAAAUAACCGUUUAAACACUUCGCCGAUUUUAGUUUGCAGCUGCUCUGCGUUUGCCGAUAACGCAUCGCAAGGAACAGCCGUCUAUUCGACUGAAACUAUUCGUCGUUAAGCAAUAACAAUGGCCUCUGGUUCCCCGUCAUCCUCUCCGGACACUGCGACGGGCUCAGGUACGGAUCCAGCGCGGCCAGAUACGGGGGAGCCUCUCGGUGGAGCGGGCUCGGACUCUGAUUCGGACUUGGGGUUGAAUAAGUUUGACUGCAGCGCAAUGGAGAUGGGAGAGCAGUUGGAGGGAGAGGAGCUGGAGCUUGAGUUUGAGUCCGCAGCCGAUCGUGUGAAGGAUCUCCUACAGAUAGCCAGCAGGGACCAGCUACUGUACCUGUAUGCCCGCUAUAAACAGGUCAAAGUAGGAAAGUGCAAUACAUCAAAGCCUGGCUUCUUCGACUUUGAAGGACAGCGAAAAUGGCAAGCCUGGAAGCAGCUCGGAGACAUGGAACCGGAGCAGGCAAUGCGAGAGUACAUAUCCCUUGUCAACGUGUUAGAUCCUGAGGGUGCCACAAAGCAACGACGGGGAGCAGAAAGACGAACCGGUUUUGGAGGAGCAGCAGUCAGCUCUCUGUACCAGGAGGAGAUGAUAAGGGAAGAAGAUAAGAACAUCUUUGACUACUGCAGAGAAAACAACAUUGAGCACAUAAGGAACGCCAUCAGCUCUCAGAAAGUGGAUGUCAAUACCAAAGACGAAGAGGGUCGCGCCCUCCUGCACUGGGCCUGUGACAGAGGACACAAGGAGCUGGUAUCUGUGUUACUGCAGCACAAAGCAGACAUCAACAGUCAGGAUAAUGAAGGGCAGACAGCACUACAUUAUGCGUCAGCCUGCGAGUUUGCUGAUAUCGUAGAGCUCCUCCUCAACAGCGGAGCUGACCCAUCCAUCAAAGACAUGGAGGGCUCUCUUCCUGAAGAGGUCACCGAAUCUAGUGCUAUUUCCUCUCUCCUGCGCCAAUACACCGCUCCGAAAGGCUAGAUCAUCCUUCAUAGUACUAUCCCAAAUAUUCUCCUGCAUCUUGUCCACUCAUUUGUCUGACAUUCCCAUUAUUCCUACUUGACCCUUGGAGAGACUAUCUAUAGGCUCUGUGGUGUUUAGACCAGGAAUGCAAAAUUUGGUUUAUUGUUUUUGAGUUUCUAAGCUCCUAAGGUUUAGUCUGAUAUCUAUUUCAGCUCUCCUGGAGUUCAUCUGUGAACAUAUAUUUUCUAUUUGAUAAGCCAAAAAAGAAAAGGCACCACAUUUAUUUUGUAUUUCUUUGUAAAACUGUAUAUUGAUUGUACAGUAGAGCUGGAUAACACGCUGGUCACCACAAGACAGCAGAGAACUGUUGAUAAUAAUUAGCUAUACUAAGGUAAGUUUUACCCAGAAUACCUCUUGUUAAAUAAGCAUCUGUGCUGACUUGAUGAUAGAUCAAUGAACUGCAAAACAUCCUGGGAACAUUUUACUAAGAUGAUAUUUGCAUUAUUUUGUGGUGAUGUUUUGGCAUUUAUGUAUUGGGAUUUAUCAAGGCCUCGUUACUUCAAAAACAGCUUCUGAAAAUAUUUAGAAAUUUGGAGAAAUUACCAGUAUUCUAUAAUUCAUUGUAAUUAUAUACUGUAAUGUAAAAGAACCUCAUAUCACCUAUUCCCCUGGCUGAUGUCUGAUAACCUGACAGGCUUUUGCUCUGAGUUGGUUCUCUCUAAAGGUUUGUUUGUGAUUCUGUUCUUAUGUAUCAAGGAAUGCUUUGUUCAUUUAGAAGUUUUCUUCAUUAAAGUCUUCACCAAAUCUG